AUGGCUAAGGGGCGCAACCACAGCAAAGAUCACCACCACCACGAGCGCUUCCUCGGCGGCUUCGGGGACGCCCAGGGACACGUCGCUGGCGGGGACAUCUCUGAGGAGGACGUCUGGUACGCCGAGGACGCCUGCGCCAGCGGUGACGGCGGCAGCGUCAGCGGUGGCGAGGAGGGGCUCUACGCUCGGGGUGUCGCCGCGGCGCAGAUCCGGCGGUGGGUCAAGGUCGAGCGGCCGGCGGUGGGGGGGCUGUCGCUGGCGUUCGAGGGCGGCAGCGGCGGCGCGGGAGAGUCGUCGUCCCGGCGCGUGGUGCAGCGGCUCCGAAAUGUGGACGCGUCGGCGGCGGCGCGGGGGCGCGAGCACCGUGCGGCGCCCUCCUCGGCGCCGGUGAGCGUCCCGGACUGGCCGAGGAUUCUGCGUGUGGAGUCGGCGGACUCUCUGCACCUGCACGCCGGCUACGACGACGACGACGGCGAGUGGGUGCCACCCCACGAGUACCUCGCGAGGGAGUACGCCAAGAGUGGGCGCUCGAUGACCAAUUCCGUCGUAGAGGGCAUCGGGCGGACCCUCAAAGGCCGCGACUUGAGCCGCGUCCGCAACGCCGUCUGGAGCCAAACCGGCUUCUUCGGCUGA